AUGGGCACUCCCGUCCGACAACCUCAAGCCCAACGCUCUCACUCGCACUCCAUAUCCUUGGGUGCCAUCAACGCCAACCAUCGUGUCACUCGCCGGAAAAGUAUGAGCCGCCGGGGAACCGAGUCAACCUCCAUUGGCGCCACAUCGGGCUUCAGCUCCUACCUCUCCCGCGGAAUCCACGCCGCGAGUCCCGACAGCAUUGGACGCAAACCCUCGCCUAUUUCGAUUGAUGAGAAUGUCGCUGUCGAAGGAUCAGGUCAUGAGGACAAGCAUGUCGCUACCAAGAAUCGGAAUCGACGAGCCAGCGAAGGCUCGCACCUGGUGCGCGGAGAAGGCAAGCGCGUGUCUACAGAAUUACGUUGUGACCAAUGUGGCAAGGGAUACAAGCACAGCAGUUGUUUGACCAAGCACAUGUGGGAACACAAUCCGGCGUGGGCUGUUACGUCGAAGCUUUUGAUUUCCAAGCACCAGCAAGUGCAGCUGCUCGAGGCUGCUACGGUGUUGGUUGCUAUGAACCAAGAAACUGCCGACGCUGCUGCAGAGGUCACAGCGGCGGCGGCGGCGGCGGCAGCGGCAUCUAUGGAAGCAGAGACUCAUGAAAUCGAGUCGGACAACUCUUCCGCGUCUCCCGGUGCCUCUUCUGAUAUCCACGACGGCAUCAGCUCUGCAGAGACGACACCGCCGCCAAUGGACGAGGACGACAUUGAGUUGGAAGACAAGCCAUAUGGCAUUCGCAACUACAACUACAACCUCCCUUCGGCAUUCUCCCGAUCAUACCAGUCUGUUGCAUCCAGCUCAUAUGCUGACAACUCACUGCACUCUCCCGCAUUUUCUCAUUUCCGCCAUUCCAGCAUCGACACCCGUCCGUCGACAGCGGAGACUACGGGCAUUCACGAGGAAGACAGCGAGGCAAGCGACCUCGCAGCGGCGAUCCGACUCUGCAAUUUUGGCACUCCUCGCUCGAGUGCCAUUGCUGGAUCUUCGGACGUCCCACCAGUACCCCCUCUACCCGCUCGGUAUCUGAGCCAGCAAAGUGGAAUUAGCAACGCUGGCAGCGUGGGCGUGGCCGGAUCUACUCCGGCAGUUUUUGGAUCGUUUUCACUCGAUCCAUCGCAAUCCUAUAAAGUCUCGGAUGAGCGAGACGUAAAGAUGGGUGACGCAGAUCGCGAGUCGAGACACCGUCGCAACAACGACGUCGACUUUGGCAGCCGCCAGAUGCACGACGACGAUGACGAUGGCGUUUUUGGACGUAUGGAGGAGUAA